AUGCCUUAUCUCAAGUCCGGCUCGACUUCCUCCUCAGAUGCCGGGAACUCUCCCAGCAACGCCUUCGAGGAGCUCGUCCAGGACCUCAGUAUAGCUCUCGGCCCAAGCUCUGGGCUUGACUCGGACGAUGUCGACCCUCUCGAUAUCCAACGAUUGAUGGAGCUCUACACCUCCAACGAAAAGGACUGGACUCACUAUGCCCUUGGGGAUACCCACAAGUCGUACACGCGGAACCUUAUUGACGAAGGAAACGGGAAAAGUAAUCUGGUGAGCUUCCUCCAUGCCUCACCGCCAGUCGUUAUCUUUCAUCGCCGUCGGUAUCUUUGUGCAUAUCUGAUUCUUGUCUGGAGCCCUGGACGUGGGAGCGCUAUCCAUGAUCAUGCUAACGCUCAUUGCGUCAUGAAGAUCCUGAAAGGCAGUCUGCAAGAAACCCUAUACACAUGGCCUGACCAGGACAAAGUGCAACAUGGACAGUCAUCGCCUCCUCAGGUCACGAAGGUGACCACAUACGGCGAGAAUCAGGUUACAUACAUGUCCGACCAGUUGGGCCUACACAAAAUUCACAACCCGAAUCCAAACGAGGUGGCCAUCUCUCUACACCUUUACACUCCACCAAACGCGGCACACUAUGGGUUUUCGAUCUUCGACGAGAAGUCCGGCAAGGCUUCUCACAUCAAACAGUCGCACUUCUAUUCCAUUCGCGGUGAACGAACCUGA